GCUUAAUUGCAACUGUUUUAGAACAGAUUUAGGGCAGAAGGAUACUUCUGUUCUACAAUCAGCGUUUAAAUAUACUUAUAUAUUAAAAAAUUUGACAUUGUAAUCCUGAUUUCACUAAAAUCAGACAUAACUAAGCAAGGUUGCCAGUAAACUCGAGUCAAGUGUGAACUUCAUGACGUGUCAUGCUAUUUGCAUAUUCAGUUUUUUUCAAUACUUAUGUGUAAGCAUAUGUAUAAAUACGGAAUCAUCACAGAUUCUAAAUCAGUAGUACGGAUAUAAAGCUAAAGCUUAAUUAGCUUUAGCCUAAUUAAUUACAAUUAAUUAAUUCCACGGGGAGAAAAAUGGAGGAAAAAUUUGAUACCAUAAAAAAAAAUCGGACGUGUGAUGGGGCGCUGUUCAUUUUGAGGGCAACGAGCGGGCGUGGGGCUGGGAUUCCUUUCCGUCGUGGCUUAGAGUGGCAGCGGGAAGCCGUAAUUCUUGAUAAUGCUGGUCAAAAGUACACGAUUGGAUCUGGCCAAAAUUUGGAUAGCUUCGAUGCGGAAAAAUACGGACAGUUUUUAAUAUUUCGGGACAAAUCGGGCAUUGCCGAUGAACACUGUCAAAUUAAAUGUGAUGCGAAUGGAAAAUUUUGGCUGCAUCGUUUCGGAUCCGAGACUGUUUAUCUGAAUGGCAAAUUACUUCAGGAUUAUCCAGUCGGUUUGAAAUUUGGGAAUACAUUUUGCUUUUCGCAAAUUUGUUCACGCUUUUGGGCCUCAUUUUUACAUCCCUUCGUCAAAACUAAAGGCGGGAGGAGGUUGCUGUAUCGCAAUGACCAAUUGGACAGAGAAUAUGUGUUCCUAUUUGAUAGACUGGAGCUAGACAAACGGGCAAAUCGCAAGUUGGUGAAUGCAUCAAAGCUCAUUUGCGAAAAGGUUAAUAAUCAGUCAUCAUCGACUAAUAAUCACUUAAUUUUUAAAAACUAUAUCAUCCUGACAAACAUAUUUGAACACGUGGUCAACACAAAAAUUUCAUGGGACCAAAAAGACCUACUCAACUGUCGCCUCGUCUCAAAAUCAUGGAACGACUCGGUGCGACUCAUUCUCCAGAAAAAUUUUGCAAAGAAAUUUCGCAUAAUUAUUGAUGACCUUGUCUGCAACCCCAACUACCUCGCGGACCAACUUCAAUAUAAAAUCCAUCGCAUGAAGGAGCUAAAAUUUGACGCAAUGAAUAUCAGAAUUUUGCAAAUGGAGGACAAUACGAAUGCCAACAACGUGAAGAAGGCAGUACUAAAAUUCAAUCAAGACUUCUCCUCGUUUAUUAAUCACCCAGAUUUCCACCCACUCAAAGUGCUUACAAUGAAGAUAGACUAUUUCACCCCGAAUUGCAUCCUCCUCACCAAAUUUUCUCAUUCCCUGGAAGAAAUCGACAUCCAGAUUAAAAUUCGUUGGAUUAAGGAUGAAAUUUUUCCGAAUAAAUCAGGAUUCCCGGAGGAUCUAGUGUUUCCAAAAUUGAAAAAAUUAACCCUCGACUUUCGCAAACGUGAAGGAGAUGACUUUGAGAAACUAUCGGAGUCUAAAUCUCUCGCCAAGCUGCUCUAAGCCUCGUCUGGAGUUGGGGAGCUCAUUUUGAAUGUUUAUUUCAAACUUAACAUCGAUUUGGACUCCUUUAAGAAUUUAAGGAAACUAGAGAUUUUCAGUUGGUGUCUUUCCGGUUUAGAAGUAUUGACUUUGAACGACCUUCUCACCAAAGUCAUGACCUUGCCGGAAGGUCAACUACGCUCCUUCAAACUAGUCUUUAGCUGGGUUGCGGACGAAUCGAUGGGAGAGGAAAUAUUGCUAUCUCUUUUUCAAAAGCAGCGCCAAAGUUUGGAAAACUUGGAGUUAUCCUUUAACUCAAAACUUCGAUUUCAACUUAUCAGACUGCCGAUGUGUAUGCCUAAUUUGAAAAGGUUAUGGAUAAGUUCGGAUUCUGAUAGGAGGACGGGGUGGGGUUCUAGAUGGGGGUUUACAUUUGAUAGUCAGGUAGCGAAGGAGUGUGCAAAUUUCAUGGCUGUAAUUGAUUCAGAAAUGUUAAAAAAGCUGUUGGUUGUACGCGAAGGAAGGAAAUGUAAUCGAGAAUCGUGUCAUACUUGCAACGAUUUCUUGGUGCAUGGAAAAUGGGGUCCAAUCCUAAAGCAGGCAAAAUAAUUUUUGGGAACAUUAUUUUAUUCUUGAGAAAAUAUUCGUGAUUGGGCUUGAAAUAUGCAAGCUUUCUAUAUUGUUUUGUUUAAUGAAAAUGAAUUGUUUGGUUUAAAAAGAAAUCCUUUAAUAAUUUUAAUAAUUACAAUAAAAAUUUGUCAAUUUUGUGUGAAAUUGAAGUCAAAUAAAUCUCCAUUAUUUUUGAACAAA